AUGAAUGACCCGCUAAAAACGAGCAGCAAUGGAGCUGCCGAAAGGGGUGCUGGCAACUCUGCCUCUGGGACGGUGAAGGCGCCGUCAACGUCGCCGUCGCCGUCGCCGGGGAGGCUGCAGGGGUUCGACUCCCUGCAUAUGGAGGCUGAAAGGAUUCCCGGUGGACAAAGCCACGCCGCCAAGGUUGGCUGGGCGACAACACUGCACUUGGCCUUCCAGAGUCUAGGUGUUGUCUAUGGGGACAUGGGAACUUCACCGCUCUAUGUGUUUUCUAGCACCUUUAUUGGUGGGAUCAAAGAUACAGAUGACCUCCUUGGUGUCAUGUCCCUGAUUAUUUACACUCUGGCUCUCCUUCCGUUGAUGAAAUAUUGUUUCAUUGUCUUGAGAGCUAAUGAUAACGGUGAUGGUGGAACAUUUGCACUUUAUUCCUUGAUAUCUCGGUAUGCUAGGAUUAGCUUGAUACCCAAUCAACAGGUUGAAGACGCAACGGUCACCCACUACAAGUUAGAGUCCCCUUUGAAUAGUGUCAAGCGCGCUCAUUGGAUAAAGGAAAGGAUGGAAAACAGCCCAAAACUGAAGAUCAUACUUUUCCUAGUGACUAUUCUAGCAACUUCAAUGGUUAUUGGUGAUGGUGUGCUAACUCCAUGUAUUUCAGUGCUUAGUGCAGUCGGUGGAAUCAAGCAAUCCGCAAACUCCUUAACUCAAGGACAGAUUGCUGGCAUUGCGAUCGGCACUCUGAUUGCGCUCUUUCUUGUUCAACGCUUAGGCACAGACAAAGUUGGUUACACAUUUGGACCAGUAAUCUUGACAUGGUUCAUCUUAAUUGCUGGCAUUGGAAUUUAUAAUGUGAUCAAACAUGACACUGGAAUUCUAAAAGCAUUCAACCCAAAGUACAUCAUAGACUAUUUCCAAAGAAAUGGGAAGGAGGGCUGGAUUUCACUUGGCGGUGUUGUUUUAUGCAUCACAGGAACCGAAGCAAUGUUUGCUGAUCUUGGUCACUUCAAUGUGAGAGCAAUUCAGAUUGGCUUUUCCGUAGUUCUACUCCCAUCAGUGCUGCUGGCUUACAUGGGGCAAGCUGCAUAUCUUCGCAUCUACCCUGAAGAUGUUGCAGAUACAUUCUACAAAUCUAUCCCAGUGGCUGCUGCUAUAAUUGCAAGCCAAGCUAUGAUAUCUGGUGCCUUCGCAAUCAUUGCCCAGUCCCAAAUUCUUGGAUGCUUUCCACGCGUUCGUGUCACCCACACUUCAAAUAAGUUUCAUGGGCAGGUCUACAUCCCCGAGAUCAACUAUGCAUUAAUGAUCUUAUGUGUAGCUGUGACAGCUAUUUUCCAAACUACAGACAAGAUCGGCAAUGCAUAUGGUAUUGCUGUCGUCUUUGUGAUGUUCAUAACAACACUUCUAGUCACACUGGUCAUGGCCAUGAUAUGGAAGACAAGCCUGAUAUGGAUUGCACUCUUUCCAAUAAUAUUUGGUGGAGCAGAGCUCACGUACUUAUCCUCGGCGUUCUACAAAUUUACAGAAGGUGGCUACUUGCCACUAGGUUUUGCAGCAAUUUUGAUGCUUAUAAUGGGCAUAUGGCACUAUGUUCAUGUUCACCGGUACAAAUACGAGCUAAAGAAUAAAGUGUCAAACAACUAUGUGGCAGAGUUGGCAACAAGGCGAAAUCUUCCUAGGCUUCCAGGAAUAGGUGUUCUGUACUCAGAACUCGUGCAAGGAAUCCCACCCAUACUGCCCCAUUUGGUAGAAAAAGUACCUUCCAUCCAUUCAGUUCUUGUGAUUAUCUCAAUAAAGUACAUACCAAUCAGCAAUAUAGAAACACACGAACGGUUCCUCUUCCGGUAUGUGGAGCCAAGAGAUUACAGAGUAUUCCGAUGUGUGGUGCGCUAUGGCUACAACGAUAAAGUAGAAGAUCCAAGAGAGUUUGAGAACUUGCUCAUUGGGCACUUGAAGCAAUUCAUCCAUCAAGAAUCAUUCUACAGCAAAAGCAGACAUUCCCUUGCAGGAGAAGAUGCUGCAAUUGAAGAAUCAGGAGAUGCAAUGGAGCCUUCUGUUGAAGUUCAAGAUGCAAGGUUACCGAAAAUGUUUUCAGAUGGAAUCGCUGCUAGUCCACUAAACAGGUGCAUGAAUGAGAUAGAGUUUAUUCAGAGAGGGAUGGAUGAUGGUGUUGUCCAUCUGCUAGGAGAAACUAACGUGGUGGCAGAGCAAAAUGCCGGUUUAGUGAAGAAAAUAAUAGUUGACUACGCCUACAAUUUCAUGAGGAAGAACUUCAGGCAACCAGAGAAGAUCACAUGCGUCCCUCAUAACAGACUGCUGCGGGUGGGAAUGACAUAUGAGAUCUAG